CAGUUCAACUUUGGAACGUGACUAUAGCUAGCUCCCUGCUAAUAAGCAACUGCCUCUUUAAAUAACUGUUCCCUCCAGAGAUUAUUAAAGCCAAAACUCCUGUCUCGGUUGUUUUUCCAGUAACAAGUGCCCUCACAAUUGGGAAAGGGAUACAAAGACGGUUUCAAAAACACCAUCUGACCGUGUUUGAUUUCCUCUGCACUGUUCUGUGAAAGAGAGGCGUUACCAAUAUUUAAAGAGGAGGGAUCUCCAGCAAAUGUAAAGUUAAAGCCCAAUACUGACAAGAGGUCAGCCAUAUGCAGUGAGCUAUGUGACUUUUAGGCUGUCUGGAUUAGAAUGAUUUGCUGCUAUCUUUGAUCGAUGAGUUUGAAAUGAAGAUGUCAACGUCUGUCCAAAAAUAUUUUAUUCUGGUUUUCGGUUCGCUAAUGACCGUUCUGGUGUACUUUCUCUUUCUGAGUGGACCAUCGAGCAGUAAAUUAAGGCUCAUAAAUUCUAAAUCCACUAAUGUGAGGAGUAAUAUUACUUCUGAAAAGUCCAAAAUAAUAAUUGCUGUGAACUUUUGGGGUGUUGAUACAAAAAGUGGAAGAAUUGAAAGUUUGCUGCGAAAUGCUACAAAUGGAACCCGUGCACCAGUCACGACAGAACCACCAUUCCCAGGAGACAAGUAUGCCAUAGAUGAUACCUACCUUCAUUCGGAAUGCCCUGAAAACUUGAGAGCACGAAUCGCAAAAAUACCUGAGUUUAAAGAUGUCUUUUUGGGGACAGUACCUCUCCUGCAGUGGAACAAACAUGCUACUGAGCAGGAGUAUCAAAGACUGAGUAGAUAUAAUGGAGCUCAUGGUUGGGAAGUAAUCAGCUUUGAAGAUCUGAAAGAUGCCUUAAGCUAUCUUAACACUUCUGCAAAUGCUUUUAUGUUUGAUGACUGGGAGAAAAGACCAAAUAAAUCUUCCUGCAUUCGUUGUGCAGUGAUCGGAAAUGGUGGAAUUCUGAAUGGCUCUCGGAAGGGUGAGGAAAUUGAUCAACAUGACUAUGUAUUCCGAGCAAAUGGUGCCAUUAUUAAAGGAUUUGAGAAAGAUGUAGGGACCAGAACAUCAUUUUACACAUUUUCCACAAAUACAAUGAAAAAUUCUCUAUAUGCGUAUCACCGUUUGGGAUAUAUUGGUCUGCCACAAUCUGAGGAGACAAGAUACGUGUUUCUUCCAGACCACAACCGCGAUUACUACUUAGUAAAAGCUGCCAUACUGAAUGCACCCAUAGAGAAGGGAAGUGACAAAUCCCAAAAGCCACCGACGUAUUUUGGAGAAAAUGGUCGACCUGAAAAGUUCAAGAUGUAUCACCCUGACUUUAUUCGAUAUGUUCGAAAUAGGUUUUUGUGGGCACAUAUAUUGAAGACUUCACACCGUAAUAUUUACCGUCCCUCCACUGGUGCGACCAUGCUCCUUGCUGCUAUCCAUUCCUGUGAUGAGGUUAGUGCUUAUGGAUUUAUCACUGAAGACUAUAUAAAAUAUUCAGAUCAUUAUUUUGAUCGGGCCUACCAUAAAUUGGUCUUUUAUUCGAAUCAUGACAUGAAAUUGGAAAUGAAGUUAUGGAAGAAGUUGCACAAUUAUGGGAUAAUUAAACUCUACACCAGGGAAGAGGAUGCAAGAUGAACUCGAAUCUGAGAUCUCGAUCUGAUUUUCAAGACUACAUUUCUAGCGUUAUUACUCUCUUUGGCUCGGGAAAUUGCAGUGGGUUAUUUUGUGUCCUUUUGUCACUGAAUCUUUGGGAUGUGAAUCUGACCUGAAAUUGCAAGGUCGAAAGCAUCAUCUCUGUCUCUCUGUCUCUGUCUCUCUCUGUGUGUGUGUCUCUCUCUCUCUAUGUCUGUCUAUCUCUCAUUAGCAUUUGUUGCUGCUAGGGCAUGGAAAGCAUUGGAGAGAGGGAUGAAGGUGGUCAGUGUUUGACAGGUGAUGGAGGGUGGAGGUAUACAUGGGGGGCACGUCCUCCGGUUCGAGAGAGUUAAGCCUUUUUGUGUGAAAUGAGUCUUGAGGUUUGUUCAGGACGGAUUAGGGUAUUGGAUUUACAUCUCUGUAAUUUUGCCACUUUACCAGACUUUAAUUUUGUUCUUUAUCAUUGGGGCCUUUUAUAAGGCAAUUGAUAAUUUAAGUGCCUGGAAACUACUCAAGUAUAAACUUGUUCUGAAUGUUUGCUAGAAUGUGCCAAAAAAGGAUGUGAUAUUACUGUAUUUAAAUGAUUCAUUCCACAGUACUUUUAACCAAUGGAGAAAUCAUAUACUGCAAUUAGAAUGUUAUGUUGUAGCGUUGUGGUUAUGGACUUUUGUGUUGAAUUGAGAAAUGAUUGCAUUUAAGUGAUUGCCUGAACAAAGCAUCAGAACCAAGAAAACCGUUCUGUCAAAGACUACAUUGCUCAGGUUUAACUUUAGGUGUGGAAAGGACAAGUUAGUAGCUACCCUGCUGUGACAAGCAAGGUAUCAAUUCCAGUCCAGGCUAGUUAGAGGCUUGGGAGGGGUGGUGGGGUGGGAAGAGAGCGCAGAUUGACUGUGGACAAAUCUAUUCCUGUGGCAUCCGUAAACACACACUCUCUUAUUUAUUCUGGCUGCGCAAUAAUUGUUUAUUUGCACUUUUGAAGAGGGAUUCCUCCUCUUCACUUCACAGCCUGGUUCAACUGGACUGUAACAGAACAAACAUUGGUCUAGUUAUCCCUUCGCUGUAUCUGUAGUAUGGGACCUCCCAUUUGCAGAAGAUAAUGUCUGAUUCAGGCAGGUGCCACAGACAGCUGUGGAAGCCCUCAGUAAAUAUGUCAAUAGAACAUUCACGUAGCAGAAUGCGUUAAAUCUGCUACUGUCUCAUUUACCAUUUGAGUUAGUGGAGUCACAAUUGGUUAUUGUUUCAUUAUUUCCUAACUUUUGUUCCAUCUUAGUAACUUUCUGUGCCUUCCAGAAGCCUCAAUUACUGACAAUUCAUACUUUCUCUCUAACGAACUUUUUUUUUUACGAAUCUAUAUUUUGGCUCAUAAUGAUUUGAGUUAUAAUUUUAAAAUGUUUUGCAUUUAGAUUAGAUGUAUGAGUUAGAAUUCAUUUAUUUCUUGUCCAGUUUUUGAAUGUUAGCAACAAUUAGUACUUCCAACUCGUACUAUGUAUGAGUGAGCAUUUAAAUCUGUCACUAACGUGCCUUAAAUAAUGUGCCUUAAUUUACUUUUCAAAAGAGAUUUGUUAGUACACUAUGCACAUCAAUUACUGAUGCAAAUACUGGUCUUGCUUAGUGACCCGAGUAAUUUUAUCCUUGAUUAAUUUGCCAAAUCGGUCAACAGGACCUAGGUCUUGGGUAGAUCUUGCCAAACCAUUCUUUUGUUUCUACUUAUUGUUGAACUCUUGCUGCUGGGAUCACAGAUUCCAUUCUUAUUACCCAAAAUGUCACAGCCUCCAUUUAAUUCUCGUUUAUUGCUGGGGGUGAGACCAUAAAUUCAACUGAAUUGGACACAGAAGGGAAGGAAAUAUGAGCAACUCUUCAUUAUAGAGAAAAUGCAGUUUCUCCGCUAAGGUCAGUUCCUCCAGUUGGGAUUGGUGCCUGAUUCAAGAUUUGACAAUUUUCUCCUUUUAAAAAGGAUAUUGAAGGUGUUGUGUUAGUAUAACGGGCAUUUACUGGCACAAGCCGUUGUGUUGGACAUGGAGAUACUGACACUAAUGUAAAAUUACGUGGGAGUGUACAACUUGACAUUAACAUGAUUCUAAGCUUUCUUUGAAUUGAUAUGUAUUUGUGUGUGUUAGCAAAAGAUUGAAGCAAUUCUCGCCAUUAUUUCUGCACUUCCCCAUCAUUGGACUGCCUCUAUCAGCUUUGCCCAUCUGACAAUAUCCUUUUAACAAGAUGUAGAAAGUGGAAUCGAGCUGUGUUGGGCUAAGUAACCUGACCUCCAUAUUGGCUAUUGUUUUGUCAAUGAUUUCUGCGAUUACAGUUGCAAGUGUAAAUUGACACAUAUUUUGGAUUAGUCAGUUUUUGAGAGUUGCAAAGAACAAGCUACCUUCUGUGGAAUUCAUUAUCCCAAAACACAUACAUGGAUCAAAUGCUUCUUUAAGUACCUGGUUUACCAAAGACUCUGAAAAUUCACUGAAGUUAAGUACUUAAUGUGCAACAUUCUCAAGUUUUCUUGAAGUUAAAAGCAUGGGAAUUUGUUUGGCAUUGACCGCAAGUAGAGAGGUUUUCCUUGAAAAUUGUGGUCAAUCAAUUCAAUGAUAUGAGGUGGAUGCAUUGCACACACUACACAGCAGUAACCAAUGGUUUAAAAAUAUUAAAUGUCUCCAUAAAGUACUUUGCGAGAAUGCCUGUUUACAAAUAUACCAUGUUCUAUCACAGAACUAUUAUGUUGAAUGUACAGAGAUUUAUUUUGUUUUCAUUUGCACACUGGUCAAUAAAUUUGAAGAUAUUCUGAAA